AUGGUACUCAAUCCAAACAUAAAUAACCUUAUCCCUGUAGUUUUUUAAUUAAUUGAAAUUAUCUAUUAUGCUAAUAAAUAUUUCAUAAUAAUAAUUUAUAAUGAUAAAUAAGCUGCCUCGAUUCAAGAAGAAACAAUAGACUAUAUAUUCAGUACCAGUUCUGUUAAGAAAUGACAAUCAGUACAAAACAAUUAUAAGUGCCGUAAAUAUAAUAUAACAAAACAAAAUGGGACGUAAGUGUUCAGUACAAGGAUGUUUAUCUGAUUCUAAUAGAGUAGAAGAUAUAGGAGUUACUUUUCAUAAAGUUCCCAUGCAGCCAGAUGUUCGUAGUAAAUGGCUUGAACUUUGUCGAAUUCCUGAUGAAAAGAAAACAAUUAAAGUUAUUUACGUCUGUUCAAGACAUUUUCUGAGGGCAGACUUCUGUAAUUUCAAAGGCAAGAAAUAUAUGCUGAAACAAGCAGUAUUCCCCAGUGUUUUUCCUUGGGAUAAGUCGAAAUUAGAGGCUAUCAAAUCAGAGAAGCAACAAAUCAAGGCUCAAACUGCUUCUAAUACACUGUCAGAAAUUGAGAAAUUAGUUGUUGAGAAACCUGAAACUGUGUCAACAACUUCUACUAAUAGUGUCAAUCUUGAAUCAAUUUUACAAAAUGAAAUCAAAGAAGGAGCUUCUAGUAUCGAUCACAUUGAUUUUUCCAUUGAUAAUCGUAUUAAUGCUCUUGAUUUCAAUAACAAGUGGCGUCCUGCUAAAAUUAAGGAAGUUGAUGAAGAAGAAAAUGAAGUUUUGAUUCAUUUUGAAACUAAUGGUAGUUUUGAAAAUAAUGGUAAUGAAUAUGAUGAAUGGGUGUGUAUGGAUAGUCCCAGAUUGAAACCUUUCAAUUCCCAAACAUCAGAGGGCAAUUCAUCUUCAUUGGAAAAUCUUACUGACAAAAUCAGUUCUACAGAAGAUAUGGUGAAAGAUUCAAUAAAAGAAAAAAACAUUGUGAAAUAUGAUGUUGGUGAACGUUGCCUUGCAUUUUGGAGUGAUAAAAAGAAGUUAACAGCCACUGUAACUAAAGUAAUGGAAGAUGAUAACUACGAAGUAAUAUUCAAUGAUGGUUAUGUGAAAUGUUUGAAAUGGAAUCGUAUGCUCAAAAUUACCCAACAUUUUCAGUCUUCACCUCUUUUCGAUCCCAUACAAAGUACAAAACAAGAAAGAAGGGAUAAAAAGCGUAAAAUCAAUGUUGCCGAACUUUUUGGGAUUGGAAAAAGGCAAAGAACUGAAAAUAGUCCUAGUUCUCCCAAAGUUAAGGCAACUAAUAUUCAAGUUGCAGAAUCUAUUCCAAAAAAUGUGGAUGACGUUGGAAAUUGGGAGAAUGAACAGGCUCAAUUAGAAAGAGUGAAGGAAGAGUCUUUGGACGAGGAUGCAAAAUGGUUCCCAAGAUGGGUAGAGGGGCAUCCUGUAGGAGUAGAGUCUCAAUUGGAGUUUCAAGAUGGGACAAAGAAGUCAGUGAUAGUUCCUGAUCCCCGUUUACCCGAAGGUUGGGCUAAACAUUUGUUUAAACGAUCUGGUAAAUGGGACACUAUUAUAGUAAGUCCCGACGGCAAGAAAUUGAGAUCGAAAACUGACAUUAAGAAUCACCUUGAAGCUACCAAGUUGAUGCCAUACGACGAAAAAUACUUCGACUUCAGAAUCUGCCCGCAAAGACGACAAAAAAAACCUGCUGGGCAAGUUCUCGAAUCGAAAAAAAAUACAGAAGUGAAGAAAGUUACCGUUAAGCCACCAGAAAUUGAACCGAUACCAGAACCAGAACUAUCCCAAGAGGAAGAUGUUAAUCUUUUGAAAAUCCCCCUAGUGGAUGAUGCUUACAAGUGCCCCAUUGAAGGAUGUGACAAAACAUUCCGAAAAGAAAAUUUGGCUCAGAUGCAUGUCAAACAUUAUCAUCCAGAGUACAGCAAAUUUUUAGAUACCACCCCUAAUGUUGCCGAUUUAGCUUACGCCAGAACAGUGGGAGAUUCCCUCGAUAAGUCCCCAAUUCCAUCAAAGUCGGCAAGAUUCAAACAUGCGGUCCCCAAAAUUAACCAGCCGAAUUCCCCUUCGGUGGAGAGACCCGAAGCAAUUCCUCCGGCAGCUCAAGCCCCUCCGAAAAACAAAGAUUCCGAAAUUAUAAAACUUCUGAACUCUAAACCGUACGAUUUGAAAAACGAAGGCGAGCCAUUACCCCCCGGCCUACCUCUCAAUAUGUACCCCGAUAUAAAAUUGAAAGACUUGUUGAGCAAAUCUGAAGGUGUACCGAAAACGGAAGAUACGAAACUUUUGACUACCACCACCAAAACACCAGCUGGCAUCAAAACGUUGCUUCCCGUGAGAAAACCCGAAGUUAAAAACGAGGAAGAACCCGAGGCAACUCCAAAGAUUAAAACAAAGUUGGGAGGAAAACGGAAGAAGAUUCCUAGCGAACAAUCCGACGCUCCUAAACCUAAAGAAUUUAAGGAGGAAGUACCAACGCCCCCCUUACCGAUUCAAGUCGAACCACCAAAACCUCCAGCGACCAGCAACGUGAUCAUGGAGGGGGGAGAAAUGAUAAAGAUAGUGAGGAUGAAACAGGAAGAAAUAAUCAAUUGUACCUGCACGUUUCCGGAAGAAGACGGUCUGAUGAUACAGUGCGAGUUGUGCCUCUGUUGGCAGCAUGCGUACUGCAACAACAUCCAGAAAGAGAGCGAGGUACCGGAAAAAUACAUAUGUUUCAUAUGCCAGCACCCGUUGAGGCAGAGGAGUUCCAGGAAGUUCUACCACGACCAAGACUGGCUGAAGCAGGGCGUUCUACCGGUAGGUUCCUACCACAGCAAGGAUGAGGAGCUGUUACAAAAACGGUUCGAGAAGUUGAAGAAGUCGCAUGAUAUAUCCGGAGGUCUGGUGGAACUGCAGGAGUUCGUGAAUACUCUCAAAGUGAAGCAGAAGAUUGCCGAGGCUAAGAAUCACCCCAAGCUAUAUUUGUGGUCAAAACCAUGGGAAAAAUUACCAUUGCCAGAAAAAAUGGAGGAGACCCAAGAUGAUUUGAUGAAAGAAGAGAUAGAUUCAGCUGACAAAUUAGAAAAUGAGGAAGAGAAGCAGCUGAAUAGAGAUUUGAAAAAUAUGAUCGAAAGUAAUCAGCCGCAAGUACCAAUGAUUCCACAACCGGAGGCAGCUAUUGAAACAGCUGAUUGCAAAUUGAAUUUGCUAGAUCAUGUUCUGCAUUCUCAAAAUCUUGUAAUUGAGCGUUUGGACGAUUUUGAGAAGAAAUUGGACAGUUUGGAAGAGAAUUUAACACAAUUGGAGAGAGAUAAUGAUUACCCUCGUACUAGACAAACUUUGCAGAUGGUGAUGAGAGAUUUGAAUAAGUUAGAGGAGCUUAGUCAGAAUACAAGCAUUUGAUAUUCUUGUUGAUACAUAAUAUGUAUAUUACAUUUAUUUUUAAUACAUAUGUAUAAUUUUGUUGAUAGAUUAAAGAUUGUUCUUUCAAAUA